AUGGCAACCCUGGUGAAUUCGGUGUCUCCUUUAACAAACCCUUCUACAGAGACUGUAAGAACAGCUUGUGGGUUCUUUUCAAAUGUCCCAAAUUUCCGAUCUUUUUCACUAAGCGGAGGUUUUACUAGAGUUUUGGCAUCAACUCAGAUCACAAGUUCCCCUAAAGACUCUGUUUUGACACUGCCGAAUUGGAAGGUUGGUAGGAAUGGCACAAGAAAUAGGGACAUUAGGCUUAAUGAUGCAUUUUUCCAUUUGGAGUUUAUUGUUGGAAAGGGUCAUAAACCCGACGUUGCUCAAGCGACACAGCUGUUGUAUGAUUUGUGCAAGUCGAAUAAGAUGAAGAAAGCCACGAGGGUGAUGGAAAUUAUGAUUGAUUCUGGUAUCAUUCCUGAUGCAGCUUCUUAUACUUUUUUGGUGAACAGUUUGUGUAAGAGAGGGAAUAUUGGGUAUGCAAUGCAGCUGGUUGAGAAAAUGGAGGAAAAUGGCUAUCCAACCAAUACGGUUACCUAUAAUUCGCUUGUUAGAGGGCUUUGCAUGCAUGGAAACUUGAAUCAAAGCUUGCAGUUACUAGAUAAACUCAUACGAAAAGGGUUGGUCCCGAAUGAAUUUACUCAUUCUUUCUUGCUUGAAGCAGCUUACAAGGAGAGAGGUGUGGAUGAAGCGAUGAAGCUUUUGGAUGAGAUAAUUGCAAAGGGUGGGAAGCCUAACUUGGUUAGUUACAAUGUUUUGUUAACUGGAUUGUGCAAGGAAGGUAGGACGGAAGAGGCAAUUCGUUUCUUCAGGGAUUUGCCAUCAAAGGGGUUCAAUCCGAAUGUUGUCAGUUGUAAUAUUAUACUCAGGAGUUUGUGCUAUGAAGGAAGAUGGGAAGAGGCAAACCAGCUUCUAGCUGAGAUGGACUGCGAGGAGCGUUCACCAUCUCUGGUCACAUAUAAUAUACUAAUUGGUUCACUUGCCUCCCAUGGCAGGAUUGAACAUGCAUUUCAGGUUUUGGAUGAAAUGAUGAGAGCAUCAUUUAAGCCCUCUGCUGCAACCUACAACCCUAUAAUUGCUCGUCUUUGCAAGGAUGGGAAGGUGGACCUUGUGUUUAAGUGUCUAGACCAAAUGAUUCAUCACCGCUGUAAUCCCAAUGAGGGAACGUUUAAUGCCAUUGCUGUGCUCUGCAAGGCGGGAAGGGUGAAACAGGCAUACUCCAUAAUUCAAAGAUUGGGUAAAAAGCAAAAUUCAUCUACCCACGACUUCUACAAAGGUGUGAUUUCGAGCUUGUGUAGAAAAGGGAACACAUAUCCAGCAUUUCAGCUUUUAUACGAGAUGACAAAGUUUGAAUUUGUUCCUGAUCCUUAUACCUAUUCAUCUUUAAUCAGAGGGUUGUGUAUUGAGGGAAUGCUUGACGAGGCCUUGGAGAUUUUCAGGCAAUUGGAAGAAAAUGACUACAGGCCUAUUCUUGACAAUUUCAAUGCUCUUAUACUUGGAUUUUGUAAAUGUGGUAGAACAGAUUUGUCCUUGGAGAUUUUUGAGAUGAUGGUUGAGAAAGGAUACACACCUAAUGAAACAACUUAUACCAUAAUAGUAGAAGGGAUUGCCCAUGAAGAAGAAAAGGAGUUGGCAGCAGAAGUUUUAAAAGAGUUGUACCUCAGACAAGUCAUGAGACAAAAUACGGUAGAAAGACUUGUUAUGCAAUACGGCCUCGACGGUUUACCUGUAUAG